CCUCAAGGCUGUCCUGGCUGGAAGCCCUCUGGACAACACGGUAGACCUGUCGGGCAUCCCGCUGACCUCGCGUGACCUGGAGCGGGUGAGCAGCUACCUGCAGCGCUGUGGGGAGCAGGUGGACAGUGUGGAGCUGGGCUUCACGGGCCUCACGGAUGACAUGGUCCUCCAGCUGUUGCCGGCACUCAGCACGCUGCCCCGCCUCACCACGCUGGCCCUCAACGGCAACCGGCUGACCCGAGCGCUGCUGCGUGACCUCACCGACACCCUCAAGGACCCCAGCAAGUUUCCCAAUGUCACGUGGAUUGAUCUGGGCAACAACGUGGACAUCUUCUCCUUGCCCCAGCCCUUCCUGCUCAGCCUGCGCAAGCGCUCCCCGAAGCAGGGCCACCUCCCCACCAUCUUGGAGCUGGGCGAGAGCCCAGGCUGUGUAGAGGAGGCUUGGGAUGGAACAGUGGACCAGGACCCUGCAGGGGACUGUGUGGCCCCCCCCAAAGACCUGGAGGGCAGGGAAACUGCAGGUCUAGCUCAGACGUGACAUGGAAGUGGGGCCUCACCAGGUAGUCCUUGUGAGGUAUGAUGGCUGAGGCAGAGUCACUACCCAAGCAGCCCCCAUGGGAAGCCAGAUCACAGAAUCUGGGAAAAGGUAACACUUCUCACGGGUCCAUCGUACCCCUCGUCCAUCUCCGUUCUCUUUGUUUGGCUCCUGAGAAGUCAUCCCUGGCUCAGGAGUCAGCCCUCGUCCUCCCCACUUACAGGUUGGGGUGCUGGAAGCGUGAGCUGUGAGUGUAGUUGGGGCCUACAUCCAACCCGGGACUUUCCAAUUUUACUUCACAGUUGUCCUGUUCAGGGCAGCACGCUCCAGCCAGAUGCAAAAUGUGCGCAAGGCAGGUUGGCAUCUCGGUACCCCAUCUCCUGAGUGGCCCUCCGGGUAGGGAGCCUGGGUUCCUGGCUGCCAGAUUCCAGGAGCAGUCGCCCUUGGGACUGCAGGCUGCCUACCUCCUCCUUGUGAACCCCUGGGCUCCUUGUAACCGACUUCCAGUCUCAGCCCUUAACCCCAUGAUUCCAGAGGCCUGGCCAUGGAACCAGCCACCAGCCUUCAAUGUAGAACAUUCUAAGGUAUCGGGAGCAGAUGGAAGAGCCCACUGAGAAACCCCACACACACUCCCAAAGACAGACUUUACCAUGGUUCCAGUGUUGCCAGUAAGGACCCUUUUCCUGUACUGUGAGUCUCUGAAUAUAGUCCUUAACUUAGCACACCCCCAAAAGCUAUCAUGGAAGGCUCUUUUCAAACACCCAGGGCAGGAAUGCAGAUCUUGUCCCUCCGAAGACAGCCUUGAUAGGGAAAACGAGGUUCCCCAAAGCAAGUUUCUAUCCACCCUUAACCAAGGCCCACCAAGCUUUUAAAAAUCCUUUUUAAAUAUAAACAGC